GGCUGUCUGCUAUAAUCAUGUUUGUUUUCUCAGGGAUUGACUACAAGACUACCACAAUCCUGUUGGAUGGGAGAAGAGUCAAGUUAGAGUUGUGGGAUACGUCUGGACAGGGUCGAUUCUGCACAAUCUUCCGGUCAUAUUCACGUGGGGCACAGGGAAUCCUGCUAGUUUAUGAUAUCACAAAUGGCUGGUCGUUUGAUGGCAUUGACCGCUGGAUCCGGGAGAUCGAUGAGCAUGCCCCGGGGGUGCCCCGCAUCCUAGUAGGCAACCGGCUCCACCUGGCCUUUAAGAGGCAGGUGCCCACGGAGCAGGCCCGCGCCUACGCCGAGAAGAACGGCAUGACCUUCUUUGAGGUCAGCCCCCUGUGCAACUUCAACGUCAUCGAGUCGUUCACGGAGCUGUCGCGCAUCGUGCUGAUGAGGCACGGCAUGGAGAAGUUCUGGAGACCAAACCGAGGUUCAGCCUCCAGGACCUGUGUUUGCCGGCAUCGAUAA